AUGGGGUGGGUGCGCGUGCGGAGGCCUCCGCUGCUGCAGUCGAAGCUGCUCUGCGUCUCCCUCCUCUACCUCCUCACCACCCUCCCGCUCGCGCUCUACGUCUCCUUCUCCGACCCCUCCUCCCGCUGCCUCCCCCUCCUCCUCAUCCCUUCCACCCGAUCAUCCUCCGCCGCCACGACGCUCUUCCAUUACCCGCGCGACUACGGCGAGCACAAGCACGCCCUCCCCACCCCGCGCAGGCUCUGCUCCGACCCCGCCGUUUUCUCAGACUACAAGACUGUUUUGGAAGAGAUCAAUGGCCUCCGCCGCAACCUCACAGUGCCACCCCGUGCAUUCCCUCCGUUGCGGUACCAGAACGGCAGGAGGGACACGUUUGCGGGGAAUUUGUCCACCGAGGAAAGGAUAUCGUUCUUCACUCACACUGACGGCGCAGUGGAAAUCCCCUGCGGAUUCCUCAAAGACUUCCCCAUCGCACAAGCCGACAGGUUGGCCAUGGAGAGCUGCAGAGGCGUGGUGGUCGCCUCGGCGAUCUUGAAUGACCACGACAAGAUCCGGCAGCCCAAGGGGCUCGGUUCCCAGACGCUCAAGACAACAUGCUUCUUCUUGUUCAUCGACGACCGUACCCACAGUGCCCUCGCAAGCCAUGGCAUCCUGAAAGACGACAAAGGGCAUGGCGCGCCGGCCAUCACGGCCGUUGGCGCGUGGCGCGUGGUGAGGCUUCGUCAGGAGCAGCUCCCCUACGAGAGCCCCGCCAUGAACGGCGUGGUGGUGAAGCACCUGCUGCACAGGCUGUUCCCGAACGCCAGGUUCAGCGUGUGGGUGGACGGGAAGAUGCAGCUCACGGUGGACCCGCUGCUGCUGGUGCACGCCCUCCUCGUUGGCGAGGGCGCAGACAUGGCCAUCUCCAAGCACCCGUUCAACCUCCACGCCAUGGAGGAGGCGAUCGCGACGGCGCGGUGGCACAAGUGGGGCGACGUGGACUGCGUCAGGGCGCAGAUGGAGACAUACUGCAGCAACGGGCUGCAGCCAUGGUCCACCAGCAAGCUCCCAUAUCCUUCAGAUGUGCCGGACACGGCGAUCAUCAUCAGGAGGCACGGCUCGGCCAGCGACCUCUUCUCUUGCCUGCUGUUUAACGAGCUGGAGGCGUUCAGCCCGCGCGACCAGCUCGCCUUCGCCUACGUCCGGGACCAGAUGAGCCCCAAGGUGAGCAUCAACAUGUUCGAGGUGGAGGUGUUGGAGCACAUCGCCGUGGAGUACCGGCACAACCUGAAGCGUGACAGCGCCAGAAGCGGCAGGGGAGGAGGGAUGAAGCAGGAGGUCACCAGGAUGGCGUCCUCGCGAGACAUCGCCGGGAGCAGCUGCGAGAAGUACCUCAUGAAGAUGUGGGGGGAGCCUUCUGAAUAA